AUGGCGGUGGUAAUAACUUCGGAAGAGAGUAGCUACUUCGCACCCUCUGCGCUGCGUCGAUCUCAUUCCCAGUCGAGAUUCGGGCCCAGGCAAAAUGGCGUUCUCCACGGUUCAUCUUCUGCCUCGAGGAUACAUGAUCUCUACCCGCAUCCCGUCAAAAUCUUCGGCGACUCGCAGCUCUCCACUGCGCCGUCCUCGCCACAAACAAUACAUGCGUCGACAGCCGACCAUUCCUGUUCCUCCACCCCUGCGAGCAACCUGUCGCUCUCGACGGACAGCGAGGGCUGCGAUAACGGCCUGUUGCACGACUUGGGCGACGAGAGCGACAUUGUCUUCCCCGCGUACAAUGCAUAUCUAGGCCCGCCAACACCAGAAGAAUUGGAACCUCCACCCAGCCCUCGCACAGCGAACUCCCCUGGUUACGAACCAUCGACCACAAACUCGAAUCCUGAGACCCCUGAGUCUUACUGUGAUCCCACCGGUGGUGCUGUAGACGACACUGCAGUUGGGGCACAACCCACUCGUCAUGUCGACUACCUGUCCCAUGACUGGAAGGAGGAGGACAUCUGGUCGUCCUGGAAGCACAUCAUUUCCAACAGGGAUGGCUUUGGCGGCAAUUCUGCACGGCUAGAGAAUGCGUCUUGGAGGACAUGGAUCAAAGCAAAGAACAACCUCAAGACCGUCUCCCCCGAGACGCUCAACUGGCUCAAGGACUGUGAUGUUACCUGGCUGUACGGGCCCCUACUGACCGGCAAGACGAGUGAUCUCUCACGUCCUAAACAUGACGAAACAUCCACUGGCUUGUCCAAAUCCAACUCUUUCAUACAGUCACAGUCCAAAAAGAAACCGAUCCUGAAGAAACGGAGCAUGUCGGAGAUCAUGCUGCAAAAGUCCUUGUCAUCCUCGUCCCUGAUCAAGCAGGCUGCAGCGGCUGUUCAAGCUCAACAAAAGGAAAUGCCUCGCGGUAUCAGAGUCUCACCAAGGCCCAGAUUCGAGCGGGCUGCCACUGACUAUCGCAAGCACAUUCACUUCAAUGAGAAGGUCGAGCAGUGCAUCGCUGUUGACAUCAAGGGUGACGACGAUGACGAUGAUGUUGACACAGACCGAUAUAACUAUGGUAGCGACUCGGACGAUGGUAUCAUGAUGAAGAAAGCGACCACCAAAAAACGGAGGCCGAUUCUGAGGAGGAAAACGAGCAGUCACGGCAAAGCUGAGAAGAAGAGCAUUAACAUGCUACCCCCGACAACACUCAAAUACCGAGAGGAUACACCCGAACCACCUGAAACGGCCAUGAAGCACUCGUACAGGAGCCCCGUCAUGUCACCAUCGUCGUCGCAGGAGACCCUACGGCCGUCGAAGCCAUCGUCCAAGAUGUUUUUCAUUGAUGAUGAGGACGAGGAGGAGGAGGAGGAGGAGGAGGAUGACUGCGCAGAAUUCAGCGAUGGCUUGAGAUCGCCGCCUCCGGGCGGACUUUCUGCCUCUGGAUUCCGCCGCACCACUUCAUCGAGCAGCUUGAAUGCGGCACCCUCCGUGUUGUCUGGAAUGUAG